AUGUACUCGUGUGUCUCCCUAAUACUUUUCGGUCUUUUCGCACAAGAAAUCAAGGGAGAAAUUCCUUCGGAAAACACCAGUGAAGGUGCCUUCUUUUCCUACAAUACAGAGUCUUCUUAUGCAGCAUUUGAGGCAUGGCGAAUACCUGGAGAGCUAUCAUUCCUUUUCAAAACUAACAAGCCCACUGCCUUUCUCGCUUACCAAGGUGACGGCAACUACGAAUACUUCGAUUUGUUCCUUGUCCAAGGAAAGCUCCGCGCGCGGGCAAGAUUUAACACCUGCAGACUAAGAGAACUGAUAGUUGAUGGAAACUUCUCUGAUUCUCUUUGGCAUAGAGUUCGCUUGACAAGAGGGAAUGAAGAAGUCACCCUAACUGUGGAUGGAUGUAAAACAGAAUCUUCUCCCUGCCAAUUUGCCGCUUCUGUUUCACAAGACUGGAAAAUUCUCUACGUGGGUAAUAUUCCAUUGCAUACCAUUUUUCUUGAUCUGGCAAAUCCACAAAGCGGCUCCGAAUUUAUUGAAUUCCAGGGUUGCAUUGGUCAUGUGACUCAAACUACACCUGAACGCAGUCCCAAGCCAUUAGCACUGCUUCAUAGCAAUUUGACUGGUGCCAACUGUCAGAGUGAAUGCAGUUCUGGCGGGAAAUGUGAUCCAAUUGCUGACGUUACCAUGAAAGAAUGCGAAUGUCCCGGAUACGGAAAUAGAGCAGUGACCUGCAGGCGUUACUUAGCCCUUCCCAAAGCGAAUUUCAGUGAUUCAGCCAAAGUUAGCGCUUCGCCUUUAUCUCCCUCAACAUCUCUGGGCUUCUCUAGCAAAAUCACGCCUACCGUUUUAUCCAAGGGCGAGAUGAUUGUGAAAGCCACGUCUUCAUCUAAAAUAAGUUGGAGGUCAAGCAUAACCCGUUUCCAGUCAGCGACGACGCAUGCACGAGAAACUCCUAAAGUGGAAGGGCAACAUGCCGACAAAGCAGUUGUGCGUCAUUCGCACUCGGUUCCAGGUCUCUUCAACCGUUCACAACAUCUUGUCACAACUCACACGAGCUCGCUUCCGCCAACAGUACUGUUCCCCAGCUCAGCAGGAGUUCCUCUUGGCAGUUCUGUCAAUGAUAAUACCUCGGCUGUGAUGGCAAAAAAGAACAGUGCUUUACGAAGUCUCGGAUCAUGGGUCUUCGUUUACUUUGCAGUGACUACGUCAAUUGCCAACACCCUUAUAAAUCUGUAA